AUGGACUCGUACAAUUCGUAUCGCGACCGUGAUCGCGACGUACCGAUGCGCUCACCUCGUGACCGCGAGUGGAGCCGCGACGAAAGAAAGGACGAUCGCAGUGACAGCUUCUAUCGCGGUCGCUCACCUGGCUACGAUCGUACACGUCGCAGAUCUCGAUCACCUCCCCCUGUCGACAGAUACGAACCUCGAGGCCGAGGACGGGAUGAUUUUGCAGGACCUCGCGAUCGUGAUGAUCGAUCUCGCCGGGUUGCCUCACCGCCUGCCAACAUCGAUCGUUAUGUGCCAGGCCAGACCGGAAGCGAACCACCUCCUCCCUCUGUCAAUCCCUUGACAGAUCCCGUGAAGCUUCCCUUUCAAGUCGGCUUCUCCUAUUUUGGAGAAUGGUGGAGAGCCAAUGAGAAGAUCAAGGAAGAGAAGGAGCGAGCCCGCACGGGCCGCCGCCCGGAACGCACCCGUGGCAGAGAGUCCCAGGAAGACCGUGACAAGGAGAAGGCCAAGAUCCAGGCGGCUUAUGAUGUGUACAAGGAGGAGCUCCAAGCAAAGAUGGCCAGAAGUUUCGUUGCCGAGCACAAGAAGGAGCAAUGGUUCAAAGAGCGUUAUGUGCCCGAGGUACGAGACGUUUUUCACGCGCAGCUUAACGACUUCCGCCGUGGCGCCUACACCCAAUGGGAACAAGACUUGGAGUCUGGUACAUUUGACGAGUUCUCUCUCGAAGGCAUUCCGAAGAGCGAGAGCAAUGGCACUGGUGGUGUUUUUGAGAAAGAAGAGGGCGAAGCCACGGCAAAUGAAGUCCUUGGCGUAGGUGACCUUGUACCAGUUCAGGGCAACGACAUUCGCGAUGAGAACCUCUACCAGCCAACACUACUGAUCAAGACGAUUGCACCACACGUCAGCCGCCAGAAUCUUGAGUCGUUUUGCAAGGAGCACCUUGGAGAAGAGGAAGGCGGCUUCAAGUGGCUGUCGCUGAGCGACCCGAACCCUAGUAAGCGAUACCACAGAAUGGGCUGGGUGAUGCUCCACCCUUCUUCUGAUACAGUGGCCACGUCCGAGCGCCUUGAUCCCAAGGACGAGGAUGGCGAUACCGAGAUCAAAUCUCCUGUGCUGCUGUCCACUGCCGAGAAGGCGCUUGACGCUGUAAAUGGCAAGACCGUCAAGGAUGAGGUCCGCGGCGAUUUCGUAUGCCAUGUUGGCGUCCACAAUCCUCCUGGAAAUCCUCGCAAAAAGGCCUUGUGGGAUCUUUUCUCGGCUCCCGAGAGAGUAGAGAAGGAUCUUGCGCUCGUCCAGCGGCUUGUCAACAAAUUCGAAGAGGACUUUGGAUCCGAUUUCAAUGCCAGACUCAAGGUUGAGGAGCGUGUAGACGAUCUCAAGAAUGCCGGCCGCUUACAACCGGCUGUUCCCACUUCGCCCGUCAAGAAAAUGAAGAAGGACCGUAACCUCGAUCUUGACAUCGACGAAGGUGAAGAAGGAGAAAUGGACGAUGAUGAAGACGAGGGUGCCGUCGAUGAUGAGGUUGAUGACGAAGAUCUGCUGGUGAAGAAGAAGCAGCUCGAUCUCAUGAUCGAAUAUCUUCGUCGUGUCUUCAACUUUUGUUUCUUCUGCGUCUUCGAGAGCGAUUCGAUCCACGAGUUGACUAGAAAAUGCCCUGGAGGCCAUCUGCGCCGUCCUAGAACCACUUUGUCUACGGCCGCGAAGAAUGUGGCACGUGCAAGUGCCCACGGAGAGCCGUUCCCGUCUAAGAAGCGUGAAAUGAAGCAGGAGGAGGAAGAGGGAGAAGCACCAGAUAACGACCGCAAGCCUCGCAUUUCCAAGUCGGAGCAACAGCUUGAGCGCGCAUACAAAUGGGUCAAGACCUUUGAAGACAAGAUCAUGCAGAUUCUUGAGCCCGAGACGUGCGAUAUUCGCAAGCUUGGCGGCAAGCCUUCUGACGAUGCUAUCGCCGAUGAGAUGACCAAGUUUGUAAAGCAAGAAGACGAGCACAAGUGGAGAUGUAAGGUUCCCGAGUGUACCAAGCUUUUCAAGGAGGAGCACUUCUGGAAGAAGCAUGUCGAGAAGCGUCAUCCAGACUGGCUUGAAACUUUGAAGCAAGAGUUCGAUUUGAUCAAUGCAUAUGUCCUUGACCCGGCACACAUUGCUCCGAGCCGAACCGAUGCCAAUUCCAACGGGCACUUCCCCCCUUCCAAUGGCCAGACUCAGCAAGGAACUCCCAGAGGUUUCAACCUGCAGAACUUCUCCAUGAACAACAUGAUGCCUCAAUUCCCUGGUUUCCCUGGACUGCCCGGCAUGCCUCCGUUGUUUGCUCAAGGCGGCAUGCAAGCUGCCGGCUGGAAUGCUGGCGGUGACGACCGUGGCGUGGGACCCGUUCGACGAGGGGGCAUGAAUGGCCGCUUCAACAAUAACAACCGUACUGGCCCGUACGACAGACGUCAACCGCAAGGACGCUGGAACCAAGAGGGUGGCCGCGGCCGUGGAGGAGUUAGCAGAUGGGGCGAUGGUGCUGCUCCAGGUGGCGCUGCCAUGGGUCCUCGAGAGGCUGUUCAAGGCCGAAGUCUAAAGAGCUACGAGGAUCUUGACCAUGUCGCUGGUGGCGGCGCGGGUGAAUUGAACUACUAA